AUGAAUGCACCAAUGUACACAUUUGUCACCCGAGACGACAACAGCAGCGUCUACGCCGAAGUGUCGAAAAUCCUCAUCUCCACUGGGAAAUGGAAGAGACUCAAAAGGGACAAUCCACGAUUCAACUUGAUGUUGGGAGAAAGGAAUCGGCUACCCUUUGGACGGCUAGGUCAUGAACCAGGACUGAUGCAGCUUGUGAAUUACUACAGGGGAGCUGAUAAGCUGUGUCGCAAGGCAUCUCUGGUCAAGUUAAUAAAGACAAGCCCAGAGCUCAAAGAUUCAUGCAACUGGUUCCCUGAGUCAUACAUCAUUUACCCCACAAACCUCAACACACCUGUGGCUCCAGCCACCAAUGGCAUUAGCCACAUGAAGAGCAACCCAAAAACGGAUGAGCGAGAGGUCUUUCUCGCCUCGUAUCACUCCAAGAAGGAAAGUGGGGAAGGAACGGUGUGGAUCGCCAAAUCAUCUGCUGGCGCUAAAGGGGCUGGAAUACUGAUCUCAUAUGAUGCCAAUGAGCUGCUUGAGUUUAUUGAUAAUCAGGGACAAGUUCAUGUCAUUCAGAAGUACUUGGAGAGACCACUGCUGCUGGAACCAGGACAUCGCAAAUUUGAUAUAAGGAGCUGGGUGCUGGUGGAUCACCAGUACAACAUCUACCUUUACCGUGAGGGCGUGCUGAGAACCUCGUCUGAACCAUAUAACACCUCCGAUCUCCAGGACAUGACCAGUCACCUCACCAAUCACUGCAUCCAGAAAGAACUCUCUCAGAACUAUGGCCGGUAUGAGGAGGGUAACGAGAUGUUCUUCGACGAGUUCAGGCAGUACCUGUUGACCACACACGGUGUUGCCAUGGAAACUUCCAUUUUGCCACAGAUUAAGCAUAUUAUAAGGAGCUGUCUGAUGUGUAUAGAGCCAGCCAUCAGCACCAAACACUUGUCCUACCAGAGUUUCCAGCUGUUCGGGUUCGACUUCAUGCUGGAUGAGAACUUUAAAGUGUGGCUGAUUGAGAUCAAUGGAGCACCUGCGUGUGCACAGAAACUCUAUCCGGAGUUGUGCCAGGGCAUCGUGGAUGUGGCAAUCUCUACAGUCUUCUCUUUAAAUGCUGAUGCCCUCUCCUGUUCUCCCCCUUUCUCUACCUCUCCUUCCCUCUCUACUUCCAACUCCUGUUCGUCUCCCAAACUAAGAGCCCCGCACCAGAUCGGCCCUUUCAUCAAACUGUAA